AUGAUGCCAAACAACCAAUAUGAAAUCCUGUUCCCUGAUGCAAAUAAAAAGCAGGCAACUUUACCCGAAAUUAAAAUUUUAUUCGCGGGUGUAAUCGAUAAUAAAAAAUAUUGGGAAUCAUCUCUUGCCAGUGAUUUUCGCCGUGUCCUCCACCAAUUAAAAAUACAGAAUAAUUACAAACGGGAUGCAACAGAAUUGCAUGUGAAUGAGUUUGGUAAACUCGUAGAACAAAUUGCUGCAACAAAGUAUGAUGAUAAGAAAAAAACGAAUGAAAUAGAUCAGUUAAUUUUGAGUAGCACAUAUCGUUUCACAGAUAUAUCUUCAAGUGGUAAUGGUGGUGCAAUGGCAAUGCUUAAGGAUGAUAUUAUAGUUUCUACACCAACAACAAGUAAGGUUCAGCUUGUGAUGCUAUAUCACAAAGAUUUUCAAACAGCACGUGCUGAAUCCUAUGCUUUAACAAUGCAAAAACAAGUAGAUCGAAUAGACGAAGAGCGUCGGAUGAUUAUUGAUUCAAAUAACUACGAACCAGAAGAUGAUGAUAUUGUUAUUUUAAGAACAUGUUUAGUGCUAAUCCAUGAAUUAACGCAUUUAUUUAAAGUUUUUGGUAUGAAAAUACCAGAAAAAACGAUGUUUAUAUCUAUGGAUAGUGUGAUUGAAGGUGGACGAUAUGUUGAACGUCGAUAUUUUGGCGGUGAGCUGAAUUUGGAGAAACCGAACGCAAUUGGAAUAAGAACGCGACUCUAUGGACCACACGUUUAUUAUUUAGAUGCAGCAACAAUUGCAAAUAUCAAAGAAAAACAUGACUUACAUAUAUUAAGAAGUUUUAUAAAUCAGAAAGUAAAAGAACAAGAAAAAAGUGUAUACAAAAGAAAUGAGUGA